AUGAAAGUUCCAUCACCAAGAACUGUGCUGGUGGUUUUGGCGACGGUUCUGCACGUUGCUACGGCUACGUUUGUCACCAGCUACGACUACAAUACGGCCGUCAGCUUCCAGAUCUUUGACUGGAACACAAGAACGGUGAAGCCGCAAACGAACGCAGAGACAAACUUUGCGUCGUUCGGCUGCAGGCCGGCGGAUCCGUUCGUGGUGAUCGUGCACGGUUGGAAGGAAGGAUGCUCCACGACCCAGUGGGUCCAGGAAACGAUCAACAACUUUGUCAUCCACCGGAAGGGGUGCAUCAUAUGUGCAGACUACAGCCCCAUUGCCAGUAACAUCGAUUACUUUACGGUGGUUCAGCAGGUCGAUGGUAUCGCUAGGACGAUUGAGAAGAAGGUGCGCCAGCUGUUUACCUACGGCAUGACACCGGCCAAAGGGAUGCUGUACGCGUUCAGCUUGGGUGCCCCGAUUGCCUUCCAGACGGGCCGUAACUUGGCCCCCCUAAAGCUGUCCCGUAUCGACGCGUGUGAUCCGGUCGGUGUUGGGUUCGACCUGAACACAACCUACACCGCCCUCAACAUCCUCGAUACGGCCACGAACGUGCAGUGCAUCCACACGAGCUCGGACUACGGGACGACGCGCCGAGUCUGCCAGAAGGACUGGCUGAUGGGAUACUGCGGAUGGUUCCAGUAUGCGGCCGGCAUCAAAACGUCGCACGGUCUUUGCCCAGACUUUUAUAAUGCCGCUUUCUGGGUCGAUUUUCCGGCCAUCGCUAAUCCGUUCAACUGCCCGACGACGCGUGCCAUCAGUUCGUGGCCAACCGGCUUCAAGAUGGGUUACUUUAUGCCCCAGAACAACCCCACCUUGAUUGGAGAUUUGUUCGCGAAAACUUCGCCCAACUAUCCCUUCAAUUAG